CGACUUAAGCUAAUCCCGAGAAGUUCGUUUUGACUGAUUUUCAUUUCAGUAUGCUACCAACUUUCUUGGCUGGUGGACGUCUCACAUUUCGGUGUCUCUUGAGCGAUUUUACUUCUCCCUCACCAGGAGAGUCUUAAAGAAUUGACACAAGAAAAAGAACGAAUCGUCGGCACUGUCUUGUGCUUGUCAAUCUUCAGAGGAUCACAAUAUAAAGUUCCUUCUCUUCCAUUCAAAUCGCGAGUUGUGUUUUAAUCGGUGUCUUGUGAAAAAAUUCUAUUGAUCGAUUGACUUUUUUUUUAAGAAAAAAAGUGAAGCGUUUUUUUAUCAAUUUAUCAAAAGAACAAGAAAAAUUGUGUUGGAAAAGCAAAUAUUUGUUUGAUGUAUAUUUUGGAAUAUCAGUGUGAAAAAAAGGAGCGAGAUAAAUAAGAAAAGUGAUUUCUUAACUCAAUCAUACGAGAGAGAAAAAAACAAUUUUUGAGCACAAAAAAAAGUAUUUUUUGACAAAAACGGUGUGUGUAUUCAAAUCGGUUGGGUGCAUGUAAACUGCUUAUCGCGCGAUUGUACAAGAAAGGGUCUUUUCACGGAGGAUUAAAGGUAUACAAAAGACUUACACAUGAUAGUGCAGUGAAGCGUAUUUUUUGUGUGUGGCUUGUUGAAAAAAAAAGAUGCUCAUCCCUCAUAAAUCAGUAUCUUACCAAUUUUUAUUGUGAGGAUUACAUACAAUUUUUUUACGUCGCCAAAUAGGAUUUAUAUUGUGGUGUCUCUUGUACACAUUUGUGUGCUGAUUGGUGGAUUUUGGGAUUUUUUGUUGUUGAUCGCAAGAAAACACAAGAAGACGAAACUCAAACAGAGAUAUACACCUGAAAAGGAGCGCCAAGUGAAUUUUAAAUCAAUUGCGAUAAAUCGUUUUGUUGGUGGAAUUGAAAGAAGGUUCGUCUUUGCCGACAAAUCCCUCUCAUUCUCUCUAUUUAUAAAACAGGGAGGGUAGUCAGGCACACAUUACACACAAAAAAGGAGAAGAACGAUUUAUAAGAAAAAGAUAAUUUAGCAACAUAAAAUGACAACAACUUCCUUUCCGGCGUGAGGAAUAUUCUACCAACGAAGAGGGGAACCUUACACGGCCAACGCCAUGGAUUUAAUUUAUAGAAUCAUCAUGGACAUACAGCACAGCCGGAUAGCAUUUCUUCUAUUCCUGCAUAUUUUGCUAAUGGUUGCAACGGUUUCCUCAAGGAAGAUUCCAGCGCAAGACACCGAAGGCAUUACCAUUAAUUUAGGACAAAAGAGGAUAUUUCGCGAAAAUGUUCCACUCUACGCACGAGUUGUACUUAAAUGCACAUUCAACAGCCCAAUUUGGUUUAAGAAUGCAUCACCACUUGAGACAACCACGAAGCAGACAAAAAUAAUUAAAUUCGAGAGGAUCCGAAAGGCAAACGCGGGUGUUUAUGCAUGUCAUUCCACAGAGGGUGGUGAAUGGUCAAAUCUAACACUUGUUGUGGAUAACAGAUUGAGAUCCAUCCCUGAAGAUGACACACAUUUCACGGGGAAUCUGGAGAUUCAAUCUCAAGUAUCUGAGAAUGUCGCAUUGACUGAUGAUGUGGACACCGAUGAUUACUUUGAGGAACAAUUUCGAACUGUGAGAAAUGACCUCAAGGAGGAGAAUGUUGAUCUUUCAACAAGAACCCCCGAUGGUGAUACUGUAGAUCCAUCAUCAGUCCACGUAGCACCCUAUUUCACAAAAGCUAGCACCCUUUCGCGCCUCUUAGCUCGUCCUUCGGGGAACAUGGUGAAAUUGAAGUGCAUUGCAAGUGGAAAUCCCGAACCAAACAUCACAUGGACCAAGGAUGGGAAGUCAAUUGAGAGAAAAUUCGGGCAUGUAAACUAUGGGAAGAGGGCAAUAACGCUGGAGGACCUGGUGCUGGAAGAUGCUGGGAAUUACACAUGUCACGUUUGCAAUGACUUAGGAUGUGUCAACCACACAACGGAGCUCAUUGUUCAAGACAGAACCAUGGGUAAUGAUUUGAGAGGUUUAGAAAUACAUAAUCAAGUUUCCAACAAUGUCAUCACGGCCAAUAAAAAGGGAAUUCUUGAUCCUGGUACAAAUGAAAUAGCCGAUUCAUCGCAGGAAAAUCUCAAUCAGCAAAUGGUUCAGAAUAAAAGUCAAGGAUAUCGUGCACCAGUAUUCACACGAAAGGGCAGUAUGCAUUUCUUAGAAUCACAUCCAACGGGACACUCUAUCACCCUCAAAUGUGCAUCUUCGGGAAAUCCACAACCAACAAUCACAUGGAGUAAAAAUAAUAGCAAUGGAACAAUAAAUCGACAACUGGGUGGAAUUAGGUACUCAAAAACAGGCAUUAGCAUGGAUUCCCUCACACCGAGCGAUUCAGGAAACUACACCUGCAACGUGUGCAACAUUGUAGCCUGCAUCAAUUUCACAUAUCAACUCAUGGUCAUGGAUCGUUUCCCUUCACGACCGUAUAUUAUGACACCACCCCUUAAUCAAACUGCAGUCGUUAAAAGAAAUAUCACCUUUUCAUGCGAAAGUAUCAGUGAUUUGGAAGCCCAUACUGAAUGGUAUAAGUUCCGUUCGAAGGAAAUAAACGGAACUGACCUUCCAGAGCAUACAAAGCUCAAGACGGACCCCAAUGAUCCUGGGAUUCUAAGGCUAGAGAAUGUAACCUACAGCGACGAAGGAUGGUACACAUGCCUCACAGCCAAUACCCUCGGCGCAACAACUGCAAGCGCCUACCUGCAUGUUGUCGAUGAGGAUUCCCCCCUUGUUGCACCAAUUAAGAACUACAGCAUCUACACCAUUUGCGUCAUAGCUUUUUCCGUCCUCCUUCUCCUGUCGUCAAUCCUCAUUGUUUGCACAUAUAAGAAGCUCAAUCGGGAGAAGUUGAUAAUGAAGCAUCGAAUGCAGACGGUUCAUCAGUGGAACAAGAAGGUCAUUGUAAUCAAACCAGCUCCAGAUGCAUCCAAUCCCGAAGCAGUCAUUGUGCCCAUUAUUAAAAUUGAGAAGCAACGCACAACCCAAAUGCAGAGUGCCAACAAUGAUCCACAACCAAUAUCUGAGUAUGAAUUCCCAAUGGAUUCAAAUUGGGAAUUCCCAAGGAACUAUUUGGUUUUGGGUAAAACAUUGGGAGAAGGUGCCUUUGGACGGGUUGUAAUGGCUGAGGCAAAUGGUUUGGUUAAGAAUGGUUUUGCCUCCGUUGUGGCCGUUAAAAUGGUCAAGGAGGGUCACACGGACUCCGAUAUGGCGAGUUUGGUACACGAAAUGGAAGUCAUGAAGAUGAUUGGAAAGCACAUUAACAUUAUCAACUUACUCGGAUGCUGCAGCCAAGGUGGUCCGUUGUAUGUCAUUGUGGAGUACGCUCCGCAUGGGAAUCUCAAAGAUUUCCUCAAAAAGAAUCGACCAAGAUCGGAAUUUGACAUCCCCUUCAUUGCCAAGACUGAGGAGGAAGAAUACGAUCCGGACAAGAAGAAUCUAACACAGAAGCAUCUCAUUUCUUUUGCAUUCCAAAUUGCAAGAGGAAUGGAGUACUUAGCCUCACGAAGGUGCAUCCAUCGAGAUCUGGCAGCAAGGAAUGUUCUUGUCAGUGAUGACUACGUCAUGAAAAUUGCCGAUUUCGGCCUAGCGAGGGAUAUACAGGAUACGGAUUACUACAGGAAAGCAACAAAUGGGCGACUACCCAUUAAAUGGAUGGCCCCUGAAUCACUAACAGAUAAAUUCUACGAUACAAAGAGUGACGUAUGGUCCUAUGGUAUACUACUGUGGGAAAUUAUGUCCUUUGGUGAGCAACCAUAUCCAUCGAUAUACUCUGCCGAUGAUCUCAACAUUUUCCUACGAUGCGAUCAUCGUCUUGAGAAGCCAAAACGCUGCUCAAAUAACAUAUACAUGCUAAUGAGGCAGUGUUGGCAAUUCAAUCCCCAAGAUCGGCCAAAUUUCUCGCAGCUUGUCGUCGAUCUGGACAAGAUUCUGAGUGCAACGGCCAACGAUGAGUAUUUAGAUUUGGGUGUGCCCCUACUUGAGACACCCCCAUCGAGUGAUGACGAAGAAUCCGACACAGAAGCCCACAGAGAACUUCUACACUCGAAUUACUGAGAACAAUCGCACUCCCUCCCAGUAAAUCCUCAACAAUAAUAUUCUCUAUAUUUAUGGAUUCCCUCAAAAAGGCGCUCUAAAAUACGAGAGAGAGAGAGCAAAAGAACCAAAGAAAGGACUGAAGAAAAUUUCUAACUUUUGCUACAAAUGGGCAAAAUGGGGGUAUGUCCUUUAGAGAAAUUCUCGAGAAUUUACAAAAACAGUGCGUGAGAAAAUGUAAUUUCUAUAUAAAUUAGUUUUAAGGUAAUUUUUUUAGUGUUUUUUAAGUGUUUAUUUAAUCUCGCUAAGACUGUAUUUUAAUUUGAGAGCGCUAUAGAGCAACUUUUUACCUUUAAAUUCUGUUCAAUGUGAAAACCUUGAGAUCAAUCCGACAAGAUUAUGAAAUAAUUCUAAGUACAAAGUGGUCUCAACUGGAGUUUAAUUAAUCAUAAAGAACAAAAAAAACGAAUAAAUUAAUAAAUAAAAGGUCAGAGAGUGAAUUUUUGGGGUUGGGAGGUUGAAGAGUCUUCGUACUGAGAAUUAAAAGAUUUUUUGGAUGAUUUUUGAUUUUUAUUUCAAAAUUUUAAUUAUAAAAAAGAAUCUUACAUUAUAAAAAGUUCAGGAACUUUUCAACCUCCUUCUCGCAUAAAUUGUUUCAUAUAUUCAAUGUAGAAUGUGGAUGUAAUAUUUUAUAUAAAGAGAAAUUGUUUUAAAAAAAAUUGAAUUUAGUGCUAAAGUCAGUAUUUCUAAAAGAGAAAAUUCUUUUUCUGUAGAUUGAAGAGUGACGAAGAAGGUUGUAAAUAAAUUUCUUUUUAGCAAUUUAUUAUUUAGAAAAUUAAGAUGAGAAAUUGUAAUAAAAAUUACCAUCUAAAAAAA